CCUAAUGUACGAUAUAACCAAAGAGACAAUUAUUUAUAAGUUAUGCUACCAGUUUUGUUUCUUAUUAUUCCUUGUUUGGUUAUGUCAUACUUGAUGUGGCUGUAUAAAAAACUGUUUCUCAAACCAGUCAGUGUUCAUGGAAAAAUUGUACUUAUAACUGGAGCUAGUUCAGGACUUGGUGAAGCUUGUGCAAAAAAAUUUUCCUUUGAGGGAGGUAAAGUCAUUCUGUGUGCAAGAAAUAUUGAUGAGCUUAAACGUGUCAAAAAUGAAAUCUGUAAGAAUGAAGACAAUGUAUGGCCUGUUAUCAAUCAAUUAGACAUUACAAAUCCUAAUGAUAUUAUUAAGUGUGAACAAAAUAUUCGCAACAAUUUUGGUGGGAUAGAUAUUUUGAUUAGUAAUGCUGGAAUGAGUCAACGGGGAUCUGUAAUUGACACAACAGAUGAUGUCUAUACAAAUCUAAUGAAUGUAAAUUUCUUUGGACCAGUCAGGUUAAUUAAAGCAUUCUUACCAGCUAUGCUUCUAAAAAAACAAGGCCAUAUUAUAAGCGUCGGAAGUGUUCAGUCAUUGAUUGCGAUCCCCUUUAGAGCAGCUUAUUCGGCUAGCAAACAUGCAAACAAUGCUUUUUUUGAUAGUCUUCGUGCUGAAGUAGCUGAUUACAACGUUAAUGUUACAACAGUAAAUCCAGGUUAUAUUCACACAAAUUUAUCUAUAAACGCAUUAAGUCCUGAUGGAAAAAAGCAUGGAGUUAUGGACAAAUCGACCCUAUCAGGAAUGGAUCCGUCUUUGGUAGCGUGUGCUAUUUAUGAUUCUGUUGUUUACCCAACUAAUGAGCUGAAUUUAGCAGAUUUGAAGUCUAAGUUUGCUAUUUAUAUUAGAACAUUGUUUCCUAGUGCUUAUUUUAUGAUAAUGAAAUUAAGAGCACGCAGUGAAAAAAAAUCAAUAAAAAAAUCACUGUAAAAUGUUGCAACGAAAGCAAUAAUAAACGCGUAAUAAAAAUAAUAAUUGAAAUAAAUACAAAAUCAGAAACUUUAAAUAAAAAUAUAACUUUAAUAUAAUGCGAUUAUUUAGUAUCAAGUUUAUAUGAGAAUGUGUAA